AUGUAUCGAGCACCGCUUGACGCUAAAAAGGUGGCGCAAGAAGCAGUUGAUGCCGUCCGAGAAACGACGAAUGCUCCGUUGGCUCAAUGUCAUGAAGCUGUUUUGGAAGUCUUGAGACUGCUCAGUCCGCACAUUGACAACACCGCAUUUUCCACAAUUAAUCAAGAAGUGUUGGAGUAUGAGCCGAACAUUGACAACUGCUAUGAUUUAAGGACAUUGAGCUCGAUUUGCGAAACUCUUUAUGAAAUUUUUAUGGAAAAACAGGAGCUCAGCUAUUCGUCUAGUCAAAACGAUGGAGAUUUGUGUAAAGGAUUGGAAAUUUUUUGUGAUAUCACCCGAAAAACCGACCCGAGAAUUCCGUUGAAAAUCGUGUCGGCUAUGGAUUUUGAUUGGAUUUCGCAACUACUUACUGUUUUGCAAAUGGACCAGGAUACUCACGUGAGAUUAGCUUCAAUAGAAGCAAUAACUGCUUUACUACCAUGUUCGGAAACUAUUCAACAAAUGCUUAUCGAGUCAAGAUUACCCAUUAUUCUAGUCGAUAUUACGUCGUUGCCAUUCAACAUCGAAGAAAAUUCGCCAUCUGAAAUUUCGCCGUUCAAACGAUUGCAGAUCAAUGCGCUGAAGUUGCUUUCGAAAUUGUAUACAACGAAUAUUCCGCCGACGCUGGAUCAUUUAAAUUAUCUCAAUAGCGAAUAUUUCGCGCGACUUUUCCAGUCGUUGAAGUUUUUUGAUGGAACCGACGUUUUUGAACUUUGCGUCAAUUUGAUAUAUGUUCUCGACGAGACCUCGCUUUCUUUUUCGGCGGUUACGGAUCCAAUUAUUAAUGAUCCGAUCGCGUGCACAGAUUUCGGUCAUGUCGUUAUUAGCGAGAUUAAUCAGAAGGUGACAAAACGCCGACUCCAUUUUUUGGAACAGAUUAUCAAUCUUGGAAAGAAUGUUCUCGAAGAUAUGUUCUAUAGUAACGAUUUGGGAGUUUUAGCGAGGGUCUUGGCACGAGAAUGCUUGAAUCAAGAAGAACAAUCGAAUCGCCGACUUUGCUCUACUUGCCUUCGAAAAUUAGUCGAAUUGGAUAUCACUGGAAUUGCCGAUGACAGUUUAGUAACAGAAGCAUUGGAACAAAAUUAA